CGCCCUCACCGGUUACCCUGUCUGUCUGGCCCUUCAAUGCCUUGCCUUGCCUAGCGGCACAGGGCCCCAAGCAAGCGAGACCGGCCGGCGCGGCGCGACUAGCCAUGAGCACCAAGAAUCUUAAGCAGCAGCAGCCGCAAGAGCUGCCCAUGGUGGUGGCGGGCAUGGCCGCCGCCGCCGCCGCGUCGUGCCCCGUCAGGACCAAGCUCCUGCUCUUCGCCGCCCUCGGCUUCGUGCUCGGCGUCGCGGUCACCGUGUCCCUCCUCAUGGGCUCCUCCUCCUCCUACACGGCGGCGUCGCUCCACGGGCUUCUCUUGCCGCCCUCCGCCGCCACCGCGAACGCCGUCCAGGACCGGCAGCGGCAGCAGCCGCACGCGGCGGCGCGCGCACCACCGCCGCCGAAACAAGAGCCGCCGGUAUUACCGGCGAUGAUCCGGCCUCGGUCGUCCGAGCCACCGCCGGUGGGCACGGCGGGCGUUGGUAAUAGCGCUGCCGCCCCUCCACCACCGACGCCGACUGUUGGCGCCUCCCGCGGCGGUGACAGUGGCAUCAGCGUCGCCGGCGCCGCGGCCGACGACGAGGAGCUGAUGGCCCUGGCGGCGACCGCGCCGAGGAAGGUGCCGCGCGGCGCGGCCCCCAAGGUGGCGUUCCUGUUCCUCACGCGCUGGGACCUGCCCAUGGCGCCGCUGUGGGACAAGUUCUUCGCCGGCCACCGCGGCCGCUACUCCGUCUACGUCCACACCGACCCGGCGUUCAACGGCUCCGAGCCGCCGGAGACCUCCGCCUUCUACCGGCGGAGGAUCCCCAGCAAGGAGGUGAAAUGGGGCGAGGUCAGCAUGGUGGAGGCGGAGCGCCGGCUGCUAGCGCACGCGCUGCUCGACGACCCCUCCAACGCCCGGUUCGUCCUCCUCUCGGAGUCGCACGUCCCGCUCUUCGACUUCCCCACCGUCCACUCCUACCUCAUCAACUCUACCAAGGUGUUCCUCGAGUCCUACGACCAGCCCGGCGCGACGGGCCGCGGCCGGUACAGCCGCCGCAUGAGCCCCGUCGUCGCCGCCGCGCAGUGGCGCAAGGGCUCCCAGUGGUUCGAGCUGGACCGGGGCCUCGCCGCCGACGUGGUCGCGGACCGCGUCUUCUUCCCGGUAUUCAGGCGCUACUGCAAGCGCAGCUGCUACGCCGACGAGCACUACCUGCCGACAUUCCUCAACGUCCGGCGGCCGUCGGCGGGCGCCAACCGGAGCCUGACGUGGGUCGACUGGUCCCGCGGCGGGCCGCACCCGGCGCGGUUCACGAGGAUGGAGGUCACCGUCGACUUCCUCCGGUGGCUCAGGGGCGGCGCCGGCAGCACGUGCGAGUACAACGGCAGGACCACCGACGUCUGCUUCCUUUUCGCUCGGAAGUUCCUGCCCAACUCGCUCACCAGGUUCUUGAGAUUCGCGCCCAAGGUGAUGGGUUUUGGGUAAAACCAUCGGCGUUGAAAUUGGGGCCACGGUGCCCACAUUCUUUGAUUCAUGUCUUGUUCCAGAUGAGUGCGUGUAAAGGGAAUGAAUUUCUUGUAAUUUAAAUUCUUCUUUUGAAAAAUUCUUUUGUAAAGGACACUCUCUCGAUAAAAAAAGCAUCAGUUAGGAUUCCUACA